AUGGCAGAGGAGAUAGUCGAAAACACUGCUCAGUUCAAAGCAAGAAUCUCCAACUUACUCCGCGAAAUGGCUUCAGAACAGCCUUCCCAGGGUAUCUACUUCCAAAUCAUCGCUCCGUACAGGACGGACGAGGACGCCCAACAGCGUCGGGAUGCCGUGCAUGGGCAACAUGUCUUACGACUGCAGAUGCUCCGGGCAGCGAGCGGCGCGUUAAAAUGUGGAGGUCCAUAUAUGAGCCCAGAAUCGGUUGUUUCCGGUGGCGAGAAGAAAGCUAUCGGCUCUGCAUUCGUCAUUAAAGUUCAAUCAUACGAGGCAGCCAAGAAACUCAUUGAGGAUGACCCGUAUUAUGUUUACGAUGUGUGGGAUAAGGCGAAGCUCAUGAUUCUUCCAUUUGUCUUCUUCGCCGGUGCCGACUGA